AUGACGCCUAAAGGUCACUGUGCCUCUUGCUGGGCUUUCUCCACAACUGGCGCACUUGAGGGUCAACAUUUCCGCAAAACAAAUAAACUAGUUUCGCUGUCCGAACAACUGCUCGAUUGCUCUGGCAAAUAUGGCAACAAUGGUUGUAAUGGUGGUCUAAUGGAUAACGCUUUCCGUUAUAUUAAGGAUAAUGGUGGCAUAGAUACGGAGAAAUCCUACCCAUAUGAGGGUAUUGAUGAUUCCUGUCACUAUAAUCCAUYCAGUAUUGGUGCCACCGAUCGUGGAUUUGUUGACAUUCCAGCCGGCGAUGAAGAGAAAAUGAAGCAAGCUGUUGCCACYAUUGGUCCAGUUUCCRUUGCUAUCGAUGCYUCGCAUGAAUCAUUCCAAUUUUACUCUGAAGGUGUUUAUAAUGAGCCUGCUUGUGAUGCGGAGCAAUUAGAUCAUGGUGUGUUGGUGGUGGGCUAUGGCACUGAUCCCAGUGGACAAGACUAUUGGUUGGUAAAGARCUCUUGGGGCACCACCUGGGGUGACAAAGGUUAUAUUAAGAUGGCGCGCAACAAGGAAAAUCAAUGUGGUAUUGCUUCGGCCUCCUCCACUUGUUUAAGUUUGAAUUUUUAA